GCCUUAAAAUUGAAGAACCAUCAAAAAGUCUUAUUGUUGCUGCUACUAGUACCACUUCUAGACCUCUUGAAAUUAUUAAAAAUUUGUCUAUUAAGAUCCAAGGUCAACUUAUCCUCUUGGAUAUAAAAAUUGUAUCUGACAUCUCUUAUUCUAUUCUACUUG